AUGUCUGUCGACUUCUUCGCACCCGGCAGCGCAGCCCUGGUAUCUCUCCGACUCUCCCCACUCCUCGCAGCAACAGCCUUGUAAGCACUCUCCCCCUUCCCACCUCCAUAAAUCCCAAGUAAAUGUAUCAUCAAUCCAACACCCUUCCCACCACAUAGUAUAACCGGCGCAAUCGACCAACAAAACUCCUGGUCCAACCUCGCAAAAUCCAUCCCCCACGGUUCCCGCCCCAAGCACGCCCCAGACUGGCUCUACGACCACGUCUGGCGCCUCAUCCCCGUCUGCGCCGUCACCUACCCCCUAACAAUCCUGCUACUCGGUCUCAAUCUUUUCUUGGGCCCGAUGUCCAAGGAGGCGUGGAGGUGGUAUGGAACGGGAUUCGUGUUGUUUGUUGGACAUUGCUUUCCGUAUCGGAAGGCGAGACGGAUUCGCUGCGCGCUUUGGAGGAGGGGGUUGGAUGGGGAGGAGGCGUUUGAGAGUCUGAGGACGUUUACGGACUUUCAUGGGAUGAGGAUUGUGUUUUAUGAUUUGCCGGCUUGGGCGGUGGUUUUUGUGGGGGUGAUUUCGCAUUUUACUUGA